AUGGCCAGGAAGAUCCUCACAAACACCAGGGAGAGGUGGAGGCAGCAAAAUGUCAACAAUGCCUUUGCCAGACUGAGGAAGCUCAUCCCUACUCACCCUCCAGAUAAAAAGCUGAGCAAGAAUGAAACCCUUCGACUAGCAAUGAGGUACAUCAACUUCCUGGCCACCGUCCUGGGGGAGCAAGGCCUGCCGCCUACAGGAGUGGCACCUCAUGGGAGCGUCUUGGGACUAUUCCAGCAAGUGCCCUGCUUGCCGAGCCUAGAGGACAUGACUCCCCUUGGAGACUCUAGGGCUUCCUCACUGGAGGCAGACAGCCACCUCACAGAGUGUUGGCCAGAAUCUUCAGUUACAGAGCACUGA